GGCGCGUACGUUCAACGUAUCUCCGCGUUUGAAAUACUUUAAAAACUUUAAAACUAUAUCGAAAUGAACGAAAUCAAGUGACACGGCUUACAAUAUGGAGUUAUAAGUGUUUAAUUAUAUUAUUAAUCCGGUUUCCGUGACACAGUUAUAGUUACAAAUAGUUUAGUGCGAAAUGAUGCUAUAAUCGAAAACAGGAUUCGGUACGAUUUUUAUGCUGGCUACGAGAUGUCGCUGGCGGACGUGCGGUCAGCGCGCAGCUCCCCCGCGCCCGACGCGUGCCCGGAGUGCGACACCGGCGCCUCCGUCACGUCAGACUUACAUAAGUACCAAGUGGCAUGCACUUGUAAACCGGCAUCGGCGCAAUACGCAUGCGCGGACGAUCCCGGCCCGCCAGCACCAGCUAAGACUGACACCCCACCAGCGCUACCACCGCGACCCCCCACUAGCGUUCUUGCUGCCACCAAUAGACGAAAUAAUGCGUCAGUCGGGUGCAACGGCAACGAGACGUCAUGCCGGCGGCGCAAGUACGCGUGGUGGUGCUGCGGCUGCGGCGCGCUGGCGGCGGCGCUGGGCGGGCUGCUGGCGGCGCAGCACAUCCUGCUGCGCGCCUACACCGCGUCGCCGCACCACCUGGAGACCGUGCCCGCCGCCGUGCCCGCCGCCAUGCUGGUCCUGACAGGAGUGUGUAUAAUGAGCCUCGCUCGACGGAGAAACCGAUACAGCUAUAUGGUAAGAAAAAUCAAAGUGGUCGGAGCGUGCUGUCUCGUGUGCGCGCUGACGUGCGUGUUGGUGACCAUCACCACGACGGUCAUACAUAUGAACAAAUUGCAAACCCUUAAAUUCUGCGAGUACACCAAGUUGACGAGGACCUGCACGUGUUUCUCCAUGUCUCCCGAUGUUCAGCACAGCGGCUCCGACGACGAUGGGCUCCGCUGCGUGUUCGAGGGCGUGUCGGACUGCGGCGUGGUGCACGGCGCGCUGUACUGGUGCCUGCGCGGCGUGUUCGCGCUGUCCGUGAGCGCCGUGCUCGUCUGCAUCUUCAGCUGCAUGCUCGCCUACCAGCUGCUCAGUCACGAGCGUAAGAAGAUGUACUGGGAGCAGCUGGAGUUGAGAUGCAGAUCUCUGUAUCGACCUCCGAGCGGACAGCCAGCUGUUGCAGCUGGAAGAUCUGUACAGAACACCUGCAGCUGCUGCACGCAGUGUCACCCGACGCAGCCGGCCUGGGACUUCAGCCUGCAGCACAGGUUUUGGGCGCCAGGUCGCGUGGGUAACCUGUACUCUCCCACUCCUGGCUCAGGAGCUGGUCGCAAGGCGUCUCCGUGGAGUUGGCUGCCCUGGACACGCACGCAGCAGACGUCUCGCUGCAGGAUGAGCGGCGUCCCGCAAUCGGGCGACAGCGCGUACGGCUUCUGUGAGACCGAACAGACCCCGAAUCCGGGGCAGUCCUACGACGAACGCACCUACCCGAACAAUUUCGACCAAUUCCAACGCACCCAGAAUCCGGCAAACUUUACCCAUAACCCCACGAAUUUCCCCCAGAAUUCCACGAACUUCCCUCAAACUUCCGCCAACUUUGUCCAAAGUUCUGCUAACUUCUCCCAAACCCCAUCGAACUUCCAGGGCCAAUUUCCCCAAGGAUCCAACUUUGUUCAGGCGACGAGUUUCCCUCCAGGAGGCUUCCAGGAAGGCUUCGGAGAAGCGAGUGGGAGCUUCGACGCGCAAACCGGCGUGUGGGGCCCGCCGCCCCCCUACAGCCCGCAGGGGAGGACAGCCAGCAGACAUCACCUCCACCACCAAGACCCCGCGGCGACCACGCUGCUGCACCACCACCACAUCGAGCACAGGAACUCGAUGCCGAUCCUCGAGCACUCGAUGCCGGGGCAGACGCACACGUGCUCCAGGAACUACCUACACGGCACCGUGCCCGCCGUCGAAAUGAGCCGAGCCAACGAAUUGGCUCGAAUGAAUCCAGACAUGAGCCGGAUGAAUCCGGAAAUGUCUCGACUCACCUCGGACAUGGCCCGAAUGAACCCGGAAAUGAGUCCCAUGUACCCUCGCGAGCCGGCGGAGCUGGCGCGGCUGCAGGAGCUGGAGCGCUUUCAGUCGCUGCGCGUCGCCUGCCGGGGGGUCCCGGGGGAGUGCCUGCACCACACAUCGGCCAGCAAAGUUUCAGAUCAGAGUAUCGAUUCUUGUCCGAAGCAAGGGAAGGAGAACCUCGGGUUCCAAAAUGACAAACAUUCGCCGAUGAGGGCCUCGUUGUCUGCGUGCGUGUCCCACCCCGCAGAGUCGGAAGUGUACUUCGCGGACGUGUCCAGCUGCUGUAACGCGGACUGCUGCACCAACGCGCCGGUGUCGCUGGUGGGCACCAUCGAGGCGCACCCCGAGUCCACGUCGGAGUCCGACUCGGGCUCGUUCACGCUGUCGCGCCAGCAGCGCCCGCAGCCGCAGGUCGGCUCCAAGCGCCGCCCGCGCACCGACAAGCUGCGCCAGGACUUCGGCGGCUCGCUCAGGCUCACCGAGCAGCAGAUGGAGCACUUGAACACUUCUAUGCGUAUCGAGCGGGUUAACGACUCGAGAGUUAGUGAGCGGAUGAGCGACUCGAGAGUUAGUGACCGGAUAAACGACUCAAGAGUGAGUGACCGGAUGAACGACUCAAGAGUGAGUGACCGGAUGAACGAUUCAAGAGUUAGUGAGCGGAUGAACGACUCAAGAGUUAGUGAGCGGAUGAACGAUUCAAGGGUUAGCGAGAGAUUGAACGAAUCCAGAAUCAGCGAGCGCAUGGCAGACAUCAGAAUGAGUGACAGGAUGAUUGAUUCUAGAGAUCGUUUGAACGAUUCCCGAAUCGACCGAAUGAAUGAGUCGCGAGAGUCGAGAGAAUCGAGGGACAGACUCAACGAGAGAGUCGACAGAAUGACCGAAAGGGAUCGACUGAACGAUUCCGACCGGAUGAAUGACUUGAGAAUAGACCGAGCGACCGAAUCUAGAGAUCGUCUGAACGAAUCUCGAGGCAUGAGCGAGAGGGAGCGGUUGAACGAGUCCCGGUUGGACCGGGAGCGGCCCGAGCGCGCGAGCGAGCGUCGCGGGCCGGGCCCCCCGCGGCCCCGCGCGAGCCCCCCGCGGCCCCGAGCGAGCCCCCCGCGGCCCCGCGCGAGCCCCAAGCCCCGGGACGCCGCCCCCGCGCUGUCGCCGCUGUCGCCCGCCACGGAGGAGUCGCUCAUGUCGGACGACGACGAGCGCCGCCCGGAGACCGUGUACUCCAACGAGCCGGAGCCGGAGCGCCUGGCGCCGGACUCGCAGUACGAGCCGGUCCGGGACGGCAAGGACGAGCUCAAGCUGAACCACCACCGCUGCUACAGCGACACCAACACCAUGGACUCCGGCUGGCAGAGCGGCUCGGAGAAGCAGGUCACGGACUGACCGGCGCCCCGGGUGACGGGCUGCGAGCUCGGUCUGGGUACACCGCUGGGACGACUUCCAUUGUGAUACAUUUACCACGUUCGUCCUCACGAACAGAUUUACAUAUACAGACACAAAUUCUAUAACUUACAUUAUAUAUGAAAGACGUCGCCUCUACAAAUGUAAAAGAUCGUAUGUGAUUAUUAAGAAACAAAUUUAACUUUAUUGCAAGUUUGUUAUUUUUAUUUACGAAUUUAAUACGUAGCAAAAACUUUUCUCUUUAAACUUUUGAGUCACUCAAAUCGAUUGAAUUACGGCCGUUAGUUACGUUAUACGUUGGUCCCGGUAUAGAUAAGGUUGAUGGGCAGCGGAAUCAACGCUUACAGCCACAGGGCUGUUCUACGCUUUGCAAUGUAUUUGCAUUUUCAAUUGCAUGAUAUACCUGCCCCAUUUAAGCUAGCCAAGUGCGCAAACGAUAUCUGUCCGGUUAGUGUGCUUUCACAAGCGUAUCGACACUACAGGAAAGUGUAAGUGUACGAUCUAAGGCUUUACGUGUUAUCCGAGGCACGGGAUUAUAACAAAAUUUCCAGACAGUUGCUAUGGAGAAUUCCCAUGAUUAUGUGCUCGCCAGUAGACUAACAAGACAGUCACUGUACGAUAUAACUUGUGUAAACAGGACAAGUCGCUUGUAAAUUUCUAUCAUUCAAUCACAUCUGUACAUAAACUCGAUUUUCAUUCAUUUAUAAAUGAAACGUGUGCCAAAUGACGAGUUUAUAAAAAUAUUAUGACCAAAUUUAUAAUGAAGGAAUAUAUUUAUUCCAUUUUUGAAUUUUGUAAUUUAAGAUUCCAUGAACAAAAUCGAAUUAUAAAUUUGAAAUUGGAACGAAUUAUAGAACGAGAUCAUUCGAUUGGAUUCGUAAUCGAUCGAGUUUAUAAUCAAUGAGUCAUCGAAAUAAUACUCUUAUUUGAAUAAGAUUUUAUAAUUUCGUAAUUUCUCGCCUUUGAAUAUUUAAAUUUUUCAAUAACAUUUUGUAAAUACUAAUCUCUAUACACAGAGAAUGAUGCCAAGUUUCAUUUUUGCCUUA